AUGCAUCCACGGACCCCUCGCACCCCUACCUGGCUGUACGGCCCCAAGCCCCACCAACUGCCCAGACAGGCCCAGUCCCUACCAAGAGCCCCAAGGGGCCCAGCCCCCACCAACUGCUCCAGGGGCCCAGCCCCCAACCAAUUGCACCCAUGGGCACAGCCCCCUAGGACCCUACCCCCACCGGAACAGCACAAUGGGACUAACCCCCACCAAAGAAACCCAAAGGGCCCUGCACCCCUAAAGUACCCCCACGGGCCAAUCCCCCAUGAAACUGCACCCACAUCGCGGACAUCCACAACUGCACCCACAGGCCCCGACCCACCCCAACUACACCCGCGGGUCCAACCCCAACUGCCCUCAAGUGCACAGCCCCCACCCAACAGCACCCACAGGCCAGACCACAUGCAACUGUCCCCACCGGCCCAGCUCCCUUCAACUGUUCCCACGGGCCCAAGCCCCACCAACUGCACCCACGGACCAAACCCCAUCAAUUGCACUCACGGGACAAGUCCCCAACAAAGUAAAUCCAAGAGCCCCAUACCCACCCAACUGCGUGCACAGGCCCAGGCCCCAACGACUGCAGCCACAUUUCCAAUCCCCACCAAAGUACACCCAUAG